CCCGGCGCCCACAAUUCCUCGCGCCGCUGCAACGUCGCCGUCCGUGGCGUGGGCAGCGGCUGCGCCGUGCGGCGCCGGGCGGGACCGGAGCGGCGGCCGCGUCCGUGUUCGUGUUGUGCCGAGGGAAGGAGCCGUGCGCUGACUGGAAGCUGGCCAUGUUCUGAAGCGGCGCUCCCGGACUCGCCUUGGAUCCGGACGGCGCGGUUCACGGCUCUUCGUGGAGGAGCUGCCCGCCCCGCGUCCCCCGCUCAGUGCUCGAAUCAUGGCAAGUCCAAGAACGAGGAAAGUUCUUAAGGAAGUCAGAGCACAAGACGAGAACAAUGUCUGCUUCGAGUGCGGUGCAUUUAACCCCCAGUGGGUGAGUGUGACCUAUGGAAUCUGGAUCUGUCUGGAGUGCUCAGGAAAGCACCGAGGCCUGGGAGUCCACCUCAGUUUUGUACGUUCUGUAACUAUGGACAAAUGGAAAGAUAUUGAGCUGGAGAAAAUGAAGGCCGGAGGUAACAGCAAAUUUCGAGAGUUCUUGGAGUCUCAGGAUGACUACGAUCCCUGCUGGUCAAUGCAAGAGAAGUACAACAGCAAAGCUGCAGCUCUUUUUAGAGAUCAGGUUGCUACAGUAGCUGAGGGCAAGGAGUGGUCCCUUGAAACUUCUCCUGCCAGGAACUGGACACCACCUCAGCCUAAAACAUCUCUCUCUUCCACCCAUCGUAGUUCUGCUGGACAUCCUCAGAGUACAACUGCCUCUUCUGACAAGGCUUUUGAAGACUGGUUAAAUGAUGAUGUCAGCUCCUAUCAAGGUGGCCAAGAGAAUCGCUACGUAGGGUUUGGAAAUACAGUAACCCCUCCAAAAAAAGAGGAUGACUUCCUGAAUAAUGCCAUGUCUUCACUGUACUCUGGAUGGAGCAGUUUUACAACAGGAGCAAGCAAGAUUGCCUCGGCUGCUAAAGAGGGUGCUACCAGAUUUGGAUCUCAAGCAAGUCAAAAGGCUUCAGAGUUAGGUCAGACAUUAAGUGAAAAUGUUCUCAAACCCGCACAGGAAAAGGUGAAGGAGGGGAAAAUUUUUGAGGAGGUCUCCGUGGGGGUAUCGCAGUUGGCCAGCAAGGUUCAGGGAGUUGGAAGCAAGGGAUGGCGAGAUGUCACCACUUUCUUUUCUGGGAAACCAGAUGAUCAUUCUGGAAGUAACAGACCAACCGAGGGAGACAGCUACCAGAACAGUGGAGGGGAGGGCUACCAGAACAAUGCUGUAGAUCAAAGCUUCUGGGAGACCUUUGGCAACUCAGACCCACCGAAAGCUCAUAAAUCUCCAAGCAGUGAGAGCUGGACCUAUGUGGACAAUUCCACAGAGAAGAAGAGCUCCGAUAGCUGGGACGUGUGGGGCUCGGGAACAGUCUCCAACAACAAGAACAGUAACAGCGACAGUUGGGAAAACUGGGAGACCAACUGGGAAAACACAGGAGGGGAGAGCAAGACCAAAAAACCUCCUAAGGCAACAAAAAAGGCAUCUUCAGCUGAUGAUAAGUGGGAUGACUGGUAGAACUGUUAGCCCUGUUUUGUGCAGCUAGGAAAGGGAGACUAUGCUGGCUGACUGAGAGGAGAAGGUUUUACAUGCAUCUUGGUUGACCUUACUGAUGUGUUACUAUUUGUGCUUUUUCCAUUUGUUUUCCUUCUGUCCCAAUUUAGGAAGAAAAAAAAAAAAAAGUAGUGUCUGAAUCUUUCAUGACGUGAAGAUGGUUCUCUCAUUUUUAUGGAUAGUGAGAAAUGUACGUUCUCCUUGCACUAUUGGAGCUGGGUACACUGACUUUAAGAGCAAUCUUCGAAAGAAAAAGAAAAAAAAAUCAGCGCAAGCACAUUGUAAUGCCACAGUCUUGCAUGUGUAAAGCUCAUAGGUAUUCACCCAGCCUUCAUAUAAUUUGAGAUGACCAGAGAUGUUUAACACAAAUAAAGAACAGGCUGUAUCUUGAAAAGGCAGCCUUUAAACGAGCAAGCUGCAGUUGAGUAGAUCCAGCUGAAAUGCCUUACGGAUUGCUGUGACAAUACUGGGUCUGGCAAUUCAAACCGGUCUUUAAGAUACUUUUUAUUGGAGCUUUGUUUUUAAUCUUUGUGAGAUUUUUAGACUUUCCAAGUUACUUUCUCCCCUUAGAAUUAAUAAGGAGUCGAGAGUUAGAUAAUUAUUUGUUCCCACUCUUCAGUUUGGCAGCCUGAGCUAUCAAGGGAUAUUCAGAAUGGCUCCGUGUGCACUGUAAAUUCUUAACCCAUCGAGCAAGAAGAGCAGCUCUGCUACACAGAUGUGAUGCAGUGCUGUGUGUCCUCCUUCCUUGCUUACACCUUUCUCCCAGUUGGAGUAUUUUGUAGGGUCUGUUCUUCUUUGUCUUUUUUUUUUCCUUCUACCUAUCUAUGUUAUCUAUACUGAUAAAAAAUGAAAUCUUCCUGCUGCUUAUGGCCUUGUGGACAUCUGGUUGGCAACUCAGCAGUGAAAUGAGUUAGGAAAAAAAAAAAAAAAGGAAAGAUUCCAGUAAGAGAAAAUGCAUGGAAAAUAUGAGUACAUUGAGGAGAGAGUCUGGCAGUGAGCGUCUUUUGAGACGAGUAGAUGUCUAUGUUUAAUAGUAAAACUUAGAUGAAGCAGAUGUUUUCCACAUUCAUCUUUAAUACGUCAAACUGUAUCUCUCUGUGUCAUGUACUUCUCCACAUUUUCUUCCUGGAUCUUGUUACAGGAACACAAUUUUGGAAGCUUCAGGAACUCCUUGUCAGCAUUAAGGAAUGGGAUAGAAGAUUCAGUUCCGUCUCAAUUUGGCCCCAAAAAGUGCUUCUCAUGACACAAACCAUAACGUAGACAGAGGAUCUGUGAUCUUUUAACAGUCGAGGUGUUUGUAUUUUUGGGGGUGGUUCAUAAAUGUACAAGGCCUGAAAAUAAUCAAACUUUAAUUAAUGACAUCUUUACGUAGUUUGCUUUGGAAGCAGCAUGGAGUUCUUUACUGUGGACCCUGUGGAUCUUAAUCCCUACCCAAAAAGCCUUUCACUUUUUAAAAUCAGUUUAUCUGAGCAAUUGACUGACCCAAGUUGCUGAAGUUACCUCAAAUGAUGUUAUUUUUUUUUCCUUAUCAAGGAGGAAAAAAACUCGUCACAGAGUUUUUCCAGAUUGUAGUAAUAGCAGGAAGCCAAGAAAUUAUAUUCAACAGCUAAAAAAGAAAGGGGAGAGAGGAAGGGGCCUACAGAUCGCUCCCAAAUGUGGCUGACAUGAAAGGCUUACAAUCUUUGCAAAUACCAUACAGGUAUUUGUGGCCUGAUUCUGUAUUUUUCUUAGCAUGACCUUUCCGAUAAUGGACAAAAUAUUUUCCUAGCCUUCUCUAGCCCUGUCCUGCAGCAGCUGGAUUUCUUCUUUCUUUUUCCCCCUUCGCUUCUGCUGAGGCAAUGCUCUGAAGCUCAUGCAGCGUGUGGUGCUGCUCAGCACCCGUGUCCAUACUGAGCCGUGCCUGCUUCCCAUUGGGGAAUGGUCCAAGCAGGAGAGAUCCCUGUUUACAGCCCUGCUGCUGGUGCCAUUGGCGGAUGGUUACAGCCUUGCCUGUAGGAUUUUGUUCUACUACUUCUACUUGUUCCCCUGUUCCAAAUACGCCUUCGUUAUCGCUUAGUUGCAUGUCAAAUGGAACUCUGUCUCUUCAUGCAUACACCUCCGUUGCCUACUUGUCAGCUGUGUGCUGCAGUACGUAGCUGUGAUGCAUGCCCUCGAGGGCUGCACGCUGCAGUGCAUGCAAAGGAGCCCUGCCGGGUCCCCGGCUGGCGGUCAGUCCUUGUGACAUCGUGCAGCAGGAAAAUGCAUCCGCUGGGUUGCAUUGCCCGGCUGCUGGCAUCUGCCUGGAGCGAUGCGAAGCUGAGUCAGCCUCCUCCGGGCAAAUUUAGUACGGUUUCUUUUUGUAAAGCUCCUGAAAUAGCUGGUGGUGGGACAAGCUUUAUUUCAGUCCAUUCAGUCGGUGGCGGUGUGACGUGUUUGCAUACAUUCUCAGCUGUGUGCUUUGCCUUGGAGAAAACCGGUUUAUUUAUAUCUCACUUGCAGCUGUGAUUGGUAUGAGCCUCUUGUUUGCUUUUCUGGUUUUACUUCUGGAUUUUUGAGACUUUAUCUUCUACAUUAAAGUAAAUAGCCAGAGGCUAAGGCUUUGGGGCAUUAAUUUUUCUUCCGGUUCAGGAGACAACAACGGAGCAGUGUCUUCUAUGAUACAGCACCCAGAAAGGUGUUACUGGAAGAAACUAAAAACCAACGUCAUGGCGGAAAGUGGAACAGCAACCACGAAUCUCACGUAGUGAUUGGCUUCGGUUUGAUGGACAGAUUGGUGUUUUUUAGUGACUUGUCUGAAUCUGAACGUUUCAUCACGUCUUCCAAAGGAGAGGAUGAAAUGAGGGCACUUUCUAUUGCACAGCUCCAGUUUUAUUGGACUUUUUGUUUAAGAGCGUAUGGUUCAGAAGCUUGUGCUGUUUGAAGUUAUUGGGCGUAGAGGGAAUGUUUAUUAACAUCUCCCCUCCUUCCCUCGAUUCCUCUUUUUCUUUUCUUUUUUUCUCCUCCUGGUCAUGAGCCUUUUCAGUAGGUGAACUUCGCUUUCCUUUCAAUCCCACGCCAGUUAUUAACAGUUCUAAGUCAUGCAAGCAAAUUGCCAGGAAUGAGUGCAGUGGGUGAGAUUGCUACUGGAACAACCAAACAUUGCAAUGGUGGGUAGCAGUUUCCUGAAGUUUGAAGCUGUUUUAUUCCUUUGUACAGCUUUAGCUUUGGAAAACACAGAGCGGUUGGAUUCCUGCAGGUAGCCUGAAAUCAGAGCAACACGAAGAUGUUCACACUGAGUGCUGCUUGCCAAUGGGAGCGUUCCCAGGCAGUAGGGAAGGCUAAUCCUAGGAGUUAGGGAGUACUUUAAAAUGUUUCACUUGUGUUUUGGUGCCUCCUGAUAAUCACUGUGUUCUGAGAAGUGCUGGGCCUGCUCUUCCUGGUGGCUGAGACCUGAAGGACAAUGCUGCUUUUGUUUUCCCAGCCAGACAUGUAACAUUCCGUGGGUUCAUCAUGUAUUUAUGAGUGUAACGAUCUGUGCAAUAAUUUAACAAGUGUAGGUAAAACGUUUCUUGUUUAAUUCAGGAUACAUUUAAAGAUACAGUGGUCUUUGCAAAUAGCUCUCAACCAACCAAGGUAUUUCAGUUCUCACCUACUUUGGCAACUUAAAUUCCAGUCAUGCUCUCAAGGCAGGAUUGAGCCAUCAAUGACUUAAACAGAAAUCAAGAGACAUGAUGAUGCACGUUAUUAGAGUUUGAUUGUAACGGUUCGCAGAGAUCUCCAAUUGUAGAGCCCUUCAUUUUUCAGGCCAGCAGAAACCUGGUCAGUAUGGAAUGCUGUAUCUUUAAUUUUCCUGAUGUGUUUCAUGUGAAGUUCACAGGAAUGGCAAUUUCAGUGAACGCUAUUCAUUGUUCUGUAGAGUGAUACCAGACUUGAACUGCAGUGUCAUCUUUUAAAGAACAUCAUAAUAAAGCCAAGAGCUAUGGAGCA